GUUUUGUUUCUACACGGAAGACAUUAAAGGUGCACCGCUCAGACUGGAGGAAGUGAGUGCUAACCGCUGUGGCUGAAGAUGGGUGACCUGCUUCCAGCUUUAGAAUGAAGCAACAGGCUGGUUAGAGAGAAAGGAUGCCAUACAAGAGGAGAGGUAGUGACUCCACCACACAGACGGCUCCUGUAACCCAUGACGCAGCUGAUUGCUGGAUGUUUCGGAGAAGACAGAAAACGUAUCAUUUAUCCUCCUCGUGGUCGAAUCGUUUUAUUAGAGGGAGGCGAAAUAUCUAACGGUUUAUCCGUUUCAAGGGACUUUUAAAGCUGUAGAAAUACUUUACAAAAUGAACAUCAUAUCUGCUAUUAUUGUAUUUGAAAACCUCCAUGAAGUUCGGAGGUUGUGUCACUGGGGUCCGAUCAUCGCGCUUACUGUCAUUGCUGUGUGCUCUUCUAUGGCCAUACUGGACUCUAUUAUCUGGUACUGGCCCUUGGACACUACAAGUGGCAGCAUUAACUUCAUUAUGCUCAUCAACUGGACUGUCCUCAUUCUCUACAACUAUUUCAAUGCCAUGUUUGUGGGUCCAGGAUAUAUUCCUUUAAAGUGGAAUCCGGAAAACCAGCGAGAAACUAUGUACUUACAGUUCUGUAGAUUGUGUGAAGGUUAUAAAGCCCCAAGAUCUCACCACUGCAGAAAGUGUAACAGGUGUGUGAUGAAGAUGGAUCACCAUUGUCCCUGGAUCAACAACUGCUGCGGACAUCUGAAUCAUGCCUACUUCACCACUUUCCUGCUCCUCGCCCCGCUGGGUUGUAUCCACGCUGCAUUCAUUUUCAUCAUGACAAUGUACUCUCAGUUAAAUGACAGGAUCUCUUUCGGUUGGAGCUCAGUGAAGAUAGACAUGAGUGCUCCCCGAAUUGUCCACCAUCCCAUAAUCCCAUUCAGCAUAUCAGCCUUUGCAGCCAAUCUCUUUGCUCUGGGACUGGCGCUAGGCACUACAAUUGCCGUCGGCAUGCUGUUUUUUAUUCAGAUGAAAGUGAUUCUGCGAAACAAAACCUCAAUUGAAGUAUGGAUUGAGGAGAAGGCCAAAGACAGAAUCCAAUACUACCAAACAGGAGAGGAGUUUAUCUUCCCGUAUGACUUGGGAAGUCGCUGGGAGAAUUUUAAGCAGGUGUUCACCUGGUCUGCUACCCCAGAGGGAGAUGGCAUUGAAUGGCCCGUAAAUGACAAAUGCCACCAGCACACGCUAACUAUUGAGCAGCUGAAGCAGAAAGCUGACAAGCGCGUGAGAAGUGUGCAGUACAGAGUUGUGGAGGACUACAACGGAGCAUGGUGUCCACUAGGAAAGGGAAUCAACACGUUCUUUAGGUCCCCCUGCACCGAAGAACCCAGGAUCAAACUCAAUAAAGGGGAGUCCAUCUUCGCCACAAGAGGAACCAAGUGGUGGAUGUAUGGGGACAAAGCUUUGGAUGAGGAACAGACCAAAGCUGGACUCCGUGUCAGAGGGUGGUUUCCUCGACGCUGUGUGGAAAAGUGCCACUAUGACUCAGCGAAUAACACUCCAGCUUGUGAAGAAAAGAAAGAUAAAUAAGACAAGUGGGGUGUGACUUACUGUUUGACUUCAAAAAUCAAUCGUCAAGGGUUCUGUGCAUGGUUAAUAAGAUGGUUUAGCUUUCUAAAUGUGUUCUGCAUAGAAGGGGACACCAUCCGUUGUAGAGUUCUACACAGAUCCUUUUAAGAUUUUUGUAAAAACAGACGAUUCAUGUUUUUAGACUGAAGUCUGAUCUCAAUCCCGUUCUGUACUUCUGUUUCCGACCGAUCCGGAAAUGUUUGAUUUCUAAAUAAUUUCAGUGGCAAAUCAACUGUUUUACUGUUUAAACCAGCAAAUUCUGAUUCUUCAUAUGAAUGUGUGUAACUUUGUAACAUUUCCAAAGAGAAUAUAAAUGACGUGGCACAGAGGGAAUAGUUCCUGAAGUGGCAACCUGGAGCUUGCAAGCAUUCCUUCUUAGGAGCUGAGCAAAUGUUUACUUGAAUAAAUUGUUUUCUCUGUUUCUCUCUA